GAGGGAAGGGGUAUAUAUAUACAUACCUCCCAUUUUCUCAAUACAAAUCCUUCUCUAUCUUCAUUUCCAUCCCCUUCUUCAUUCUUCUUCAAAACCCCGGCGAGAUCGACGGCUGCGAUGGCGACCACCGACGACGUGAAGCUGUUGGGGACGUGGUGGAGCCCGUACGCGCUCCGAGUCCGAAUAGCUCUGAACCUCAAGUCGGUGAAGUAUCAGUUCAUCGAGGAGCCAAUGUGGCCGAAGAGCGAGCUCCUCCUCGAAUCCAACCCGGUUUACCGGAAAGUCCCCGUCCUCAUCCACAACCGCCGCCCCAUCCCCGAAUCCACCCUCAUCGCACAGUACAUCGAUGCCGUCUGGGCUUCUUCUUCUCCCCCGUCGUCGUCGUUGUCGUCGUCGUCCAUCUUUCCCUCCGAUCCCUACCACCGCGCCACCGCCCUCUUCUGGUCCGGGUUUGUCGACGAUCAUAUAUUCCCAACUAUGCGCCGCAUGCGGCUAGCGGCGGACGAGGGAGCCAAGGGAGAAGAGAUGAAGAAGCUCCUGGAAGAGCUAUCCCAGCUGGAAGAUGUACUGUUACAGAGCAAAGGAAACAAUAAUAAAAAUAACAAAUUCUUUGGCGGGGAGAGGAUUGGGUGGCUGGACAUUGCUCUGGGAUGCUUCGUGGGUUGGUUCCGGGCCGUCGAGGUGUCCAACGAUGUCAAGUUAUUCGAGGGGACUCCCAAUUUGUCCCAAUGGGCGGAGGAUUUCGCCGCCGAUGAUGCCGUCAGAGGUGUCUUGCCGUCGACGGAGGAGCUGGUGGAGUUCAGCGAAGAUUUCACUAAUAAACUGAGAGAGGCGGCCGGCUGCCGUUAAAAUCAAUUAAUUAAGGUUGUUUUUUUUUUUCGCAUUUGGGCCGGCUUCGAUCUUGUACGUCCUUGUCGCAUUUCAAUUAUUCGCCGAUCUACUAGAUAGUGUUCUUUGUUCGUGUUGUGUGUGUUUUUGGUACUCUUCUUCUGUUCUAUUCAAUUUGUGGGUGUACCUGAAAUAAAGCUUUUGAUGCCUC